AUGUCCGAAAAUAACAACAAAGGCAAAAUAACAAAAACGUUUCGAAAUUUAUUUGCCCGGAAUAAAAGAAAAGAUGAUAUAGAAGAAAAUGAUGAAUUAGAUGGUAAAAGUAAAACAUAUUUACCAGAAAUAAAAACAACAGUACCUGUUCCUGAUGAAAUUGGCAAAGAUAAAACAUAUUUACCAGAAAGAAAGAAAUUAGCUGAAAUUAGUAAAGAUAAAAUAUAUUUACCGGAAGAAAAAAAAAAACUAUUUACUCUUGAAGAAAUUGGUAUGUUUUGA